UAGUUUCAAAUGGCAACGCUGAAUUAAGGCGAUCCUUGAGCUUCCAAUCCUAACCGGUUAGUUAAGAGUCCUAACUUGAAAACUUAGUAACCUAAUUAAAGGACAAGAGCAAGACUCACAAGAAAGAAGCGGAUGCAAUGGAGAUGCAGACAAGGCCAGACCGGGCUCAAACCGUAGUCCAAAGGCCACAAAUUGCUCAGCCCUCCAAGGCCCUUGACCAAUGGAAGGUCAAGACGGAUUGUGACCUGGCCUCCAAGGAACAGGAAUUAAAAAGGUUGAGUCUACAACGGUCUCAUGUCCAAGAGGAAGUCUACUUGACUCAAUCCGAACGGGACAAGAUCAAGACCCAAUUGGAACAUGUUCAAGAGGAGACCAAAUCCGUGGAAGAGGACCUGGAGGAGAAGAAAGAACGUCGACAAAUGCUAGAAGAGGCCGUCAAAAGUGUUGGCCGAUCCAUGCCCUUAUUGGAAGGGGCCUUUAAGCCCGUUGACAUAAUGAAAGAAACUGUGGAAUGUUCGUUAGGGGAAUUACGGAAAGACCUUGAGGCUAGAUAA